AUGGCCAGUGUGAGGGUCCUGAUUGAGAUUUACUUCCCACUUUAUGUUCACUUGCAGUCCUCUUACUUUGACCGGGAUGAUGCUGCCCUGCGUCACUUUGCUGAGUUCUUCAAGGAGCAGUCCCAUGAGGAACGGGAACACGCUGAGAAACUGAUGGAAUUCCAGAAUAAACGUGGAGGCCGAGUCCUCCUGCAGGAUGUCAAGAAGCCAGAGCAGGAUGAGUGGGGCAAUGGUCUGGAGGCAAUGCAGAGAGCUCUGCAGAUGGAGAAGGAUGUGAACCAGAGUCUGCUGGAUCUGCGCAAACUCUCCUCUGGCCACAUGGACCCUCAUCUGUGUGACUUCCUGGAGAGGCACUACUUGGAUGAGCAAGUGAAGAUGAUCAAGAAGCUGGGAGAUCACAUCACCAACCUGAAGAGACUGGGAGCCCCUGAGAAUGGCCUAGGUGAGUACCUGUUUGACAGGCUCACCCUGGGGGAGAGUGACUGA